AUCUUCCUGUUCUCCCGCAUCGUAAACUCCAUCGAAUUCUGGCGCUUUUCAUCGUCAGAGGGCUUGAUUAGGGCCCGCUACUCGGCUUGGAGGCUUCGCUGUAGAAUUGUUGAAAUUCGCCAUGACACGGUCCAGUUCUGAGCGCACCGGCGACUGGCUGCGGCCCGUCGACGAUGAGGAGGACGAGGCCUUCCUCUCCGGCCCUGAAGACGCCGAGGCAAAGGGAUGUCUCGACGAUGGCAAUAGGUCGACUCUCAAUCUCGUGCCCGACGUCCUUCCCGUGUAUAUGACGAUUCACCGAGUCCGGCGUCUAGUGCUUGCGAGUAUCGAUGAUCCUUACACCUUGGAGCAUUUCAGGGACCCCAAGAUGAACGCUCUUGUGGUGAGACCAUUGGUUGACAGGCUCUACAACCCCGAUGAUAUCUCUGUUGUCUAUUGCUUGAUGGCCAACCGCGUCUCCUUCCUGCGAGACCAGUCAAAGACGGUGCACCAGAGCGUCAACGUUGCGCGUGCGACGCUCUGUGAGCUGCUCGCAAGCCGGAUCCUCCGUCGCUUUCAUGAGGACAACCCAGGGCCCAAGGGCCUUCUCCUGCUUGCUCACAUCCUCGUCGAGGGGUUCGAUCCGUUUCAGGGCGCCCCAGAGACCGUCCAGCGUCGGGGUCGGGGUCGCACGAGCAAGCCCCAACGGUCUGACCAGGAGAACAACGGAAACGAGAAGAAGGUCACUGCCCUGGAGCUUGCCAUCCUCUCUGAGAGCAAGACCUUCAUCAGCUCCUCGGCAUGCCAGCGUGCCGUCGACGCGGUCCACGACGGCGAGAUCGUCUACACGCCCCAGUCCUUCAUGGAUAUCCUCCCAGAUCACUACAAGCGCCGUCCCAUUUCUCUCUACGACCCUCGCAAGGCUCCUCUCCUGAACCAUCACCGGCUGAUCGUGCCCCGGACGAGGAAUCUCAUCGAACUGCUUCAGUUUACCAUUCUUCUCGGCCUCUACGUCAUGACCAUGGUCUCCCGGCACUCCGAGUUCAACCCCUGGGAAUUCGCAUUCAUCAUCUACACGGCCGGCUGGGUCCUCGAGAAAGUGGCGGCCAUCAUUGAGCACGGCUGGGAAGUCCACGCCCAAAACUUGUGGGCCUUCCUCGACAUCACCUUUACGUCCAUCUUCGGCGCCUACCUCCUCGCCCGCCUGUCUGACCUACUGCUGGACCAGCUGCACAGUGGAUGGGGUUUGCCCAUUCUAUGCAUUGCGGCGCCGAUUAUGCUGACCCGCGUCGCCUUCAACCUGCUACCGAACAACAUCGUCUUCAUUUCGCUGCACGCCAUGAUGCGGGACUUCACUGUGCUGACGUUCCUGGCAACGUGGUGCUUCACAGGUUUCCUGCUCGCGCUGCAGUGGCUCGUGGCCGCGGGCAACGACGGCCGCGAGGAGUUCAGCUGGGUCGUCGUGGGCAAGUGGAUGCUCUGGAUCUGGUUCGGCCUGGACGGCGAGGGUAUCGAGGAGUCGGUCCGCUUCCACACCAUCCUCGGCCCGGCGCUUAUGAUCUCAUUUGCCUUCCUGGGAAACACGCUGUUCCUGACCAUCCUAAUCGCCAUGCUCACAAACACCUUCUCCAAGAUCAUCGCCGACGAAACGGCCGAGAUCCAGUUCCGCCGUGCUGUUUUGACCUUUGAGGGCGUCAAGAGCGACUCCAUCUUCGCCUACCCGCCACCCUUCAACAUUGUCGCCCUAGUCAUCCUCCUCCCACUGAAGCUAGUAGCGUCGGCGCGCGUGUUCCACAUCAUCAACGUGGCGCUGAUCCGCACGCUCAACUUCUUCACGCUGUUGCUCAUCAGUUUCUUCGAGCGUCGUCGCUUCGCAGCGCAGUCGUCCAAGACCAAGAAGCCGUCCAAGUGGCAGUUCAUGAGCUUCUCACCGUACGGCGACGUCCAGGCCGUGUUCAGGGCGGCGCCGCCCCCGGACAUUGCCGAUGUCAUCGACCAGCUGGAUCCGCUCUCUGAGGUGCCCAUCCUGGAGGACGACUUGAUGCCGACGAUGCUGGGUGACAACCCCCGGUCGAAGCUGCGGCGGUGGAGGCUGCUGAAGAGGGAGACGACGAUGCCAGAGGGAUCGGUUGUUGAUGCGGGGGAAGAGCGUCCCGGCCACAGCCGUGCUCCGAGCGUAGUUAUCAGUGCGUGUCCCAGUCCUGUUAUCAAAGAAGGCUGAAGUGGAAGUGGCUACACAUCAAAUCAUUAUUACGGCGAAAGGGAGUUGUUUCCGUACCAUUAGCAUAUUGCAUUUUUUUUCUUCUGUGGAGAACAGCGCAUAGCGAGAAGAUAAAGAAGAACCUUUAUAAUUAGAUCAAACUACUCUUAUUCGAGCCA